AUGUCAAACAUGUUUACUUUGGAGGAGCAGUUUCGUGGGCUUGUUCUUUCUUUGAAGGAAAUGAAUCCCACAUGGAUGACAUCCAACAUAGCUGAUGAAAUACAAUCUUAUGAAAAUCCACCUCCAUUAUCUCGUGAUGCAUUAAGAAGAAAAAUAAAUCGAAUAUUACAAAGGGGAACAAUAAGAGAUAAAUUAAAACGUAGUCCCCCACGAACUGUUCGAACAGAACAAUUGAAGAAAGCAGUAAAACGCUUGCUACAUUUAAAAGUGGGACAAAGUCAAAGAAAAGUGGUGCUUGAUUUACAACGUAACAACAUUCAAGGUAAAAGAACAUCGGUGCAAAGAAUAAUCAAGGAAUUAAAUUUGAAACCGUUUAAACUUAGAAAAGCUCAAAAAUUAACAACAGUAAACAAAGAACGACGUGUUGCAUGUGCGAAAAGAUUAAUUAGAAAAUAUGGUGCAAGAAAAACUAAUUCAAAAUGGCAAUGGACUAAACUUGUUAAUACUGAUUUUUCAGGAAUAUUUACAAUUGAAGGUUUUCACAAUAAUAAAAAUGAUGUGAUUUAUGCUGAAGAAUCAUCUGAAAUUCCUGCUAAUUUAAGAGAAGCACCGAUGACAAAAUAUCCAAGUGGUGUAAUGUUUUGGGGUGGAAUUUGUACGAAAGGUUUGAUACCUCAUGAUGGUCCUAUUAAUGUUACUCAAUGGUUACGAGAUCAAUGUCAAAAUGAUAAACGUAAAAGAGUGUACAUGACCGGUGAACUUUAUGCCAUAUAUUUAUGUGAAAAAGCCAUUCCAGCAAUUAAUGAAGUAGUAGAAGAUUUGGAUGAAGCUAUUUUUCAAGAUGAUCAAGAUUCAAAACACAGAACACAAGUAGCUAUGGAUGUUGUUUAUGAUCUUUUUGAAGAAAGAAUUGAACCAAAUGAUGGAGACGCCAAAUUUGCAGAUGUAUGGCCUAUUGAAAAUAUUUGGGGAAUUAUGAGGGAGAAAACAAGAGGAAAAACACUUGAAAAUCUUGACUCAUUAAUUGGUUUUGUUAAUUCGGAAUGGCGGAAAAUUACACUUGAACAAUGUGAAGCAAUGAUAGAUAACAUACCUAAACGUCUUGCAAAUGUGGUACAAUUGAAUGGGAAUCAAGUUUAUGAACAUUAA